CAAAACAUUCCCAUUAGUCUGUCGUUUGAUGAAACCAUCCGUCUCCUCUUCAAUGAAAACUGCCAAUCAAGCAAGCGGAAGACUGAAAUGAUUCACAAAUUCAGCAAAAUUUGAUCCCUAGCACUAAAAUUGAGAACAAUUAACGCCAUGAACCAGAACGGUGAUGUGAAAGAAUUCGAGUUUUGCAAGGUGUGUAAACAUAAUCACGACGAAGGACAGCGGCACAAGUAUUUUCCUAAGCACAAGAAAUUCCUCUCGGCUUACCUAUCUCGGUUUCAGAACAAGCUCGCAGACGUUAAGUUCUUCCUAAAAAACCCUAGCCUCCUCCGCCCCGAACAUUCUUCUACCUAUCGCUUCUGGUGCGUCUUCUGCGACACCGAUGUCAAUGAAAUAGGCAGCUCUUUCGCUUGUGCUAAUGCGAUAAAUCAUCUGGCGAGCGAUGAUCAUUGGAAGAACUUGAAGCAUUUUAUGUGGAAAUAUGGCGGUAAGAUGGAUUGCGUGGAUACUUUUCGAAUUAUGGAAUCUGAUUUACACAAGUGGGAGAAGAAGUGCAAAUUGUUGGACAAUGAAGCUGCAUCAUCUGGCGAUGGAUCUCGUGUGCUGGAAAUUGGACCUUCAAAUGAUAUCCAAAAUGAGCUAAACUGUAGAAAUAUUAAUGAAUUUGAAAACAAUAAUUUUGAACCACAUAAGUCAAAUUUUAUAAAUGGUGUUAUGCCUUUACAAUACUAUACAAAUGAGUAUCAGAUAUCUCAUUCAGCAGUUGCAAAUGUCGGACCAUUUGUACAUGAUCCAUUCUCUGCUUUGCCUUUGAAUGCCAGAAAUGGUGCAUGUUUGUGGAAUUCAAAUGGUUUAACAAAUACAGUUAACUGGAAUACCCUACAGCCUCUUCCUUAUAUGAAGACAAUCUCAUCCGGUGAUCUUGAUGGACAGCCUUGCCAGGGUUUCAAGGGCAAAGGAGUGGUUGAUGUAGUGAGCAGCUCAAAGGGAUCACAGCAUAUCACUCAAAUUUCUGCUCUGAGUCAAGAGAAAGCUGGACGAAAUGUACAUACUGGAGCACCUCCUCCAUGGCUGGAGGCCAGUGAAGAAAAUCAACUAAAUGUUCAAUUAAAACCAGUCUCAUCUAGUAUUUCCUCCCUUUCUAACAAGCCUGGGAAAAAGUUAAAUCCAAACAGAGUGGGAGCUGCUUGGGCAGAAAGAAGAAAGAUUGAGAUGGAGAUGGAGAAGAGAGGGGAAAUUGUUAAGAGUAAUUAUGACACUAACUGGCUUCCCAAUUUUGGUAGAGUUUGGCAAUCAGGCAGUAGAAAGGAAUCUAGAAAAGAAUUCGAGAAGGACAAAAUGAAAUUACCUAAAGUAGAAAGUCAAUCUGAGGUGCCUGUUACUAUACAGCCUUAUAUUAGUAAAAAAAUGCGAAGGGAUGCAAGCAAUUGAUGGUUGAGGACUUAUGGUGAUUAGCAUACAGAUCAAUGUUAGUACAGGUGGUGGACAUUUUCAGAGGUUAACAUGUGUAUUUUUCUGCAACUUCCCUUCAAUUUCAAAUUUGUUAACCAAAUGUCUUGGAAGAUUGCUGUUGACCAUGAGACUUGGCGAUCAUUAGUGAAGAAAUGGUAAAUGAGCUCUUGGUUUUAUGUUGUAAUCAUAACAAUGCUAGAUAAUUCUGGCUACUGAUACUCUUUUAAUAUGCUGAAAUGUAUAUGUCAUGUCCCUUAUUUUAGAUAAAUGAUUGAUUGGUUUCUUUCUUCUCUUUGGUAUAUUUGAAUAUGAUCACUUUCUUUUAUACUGUGAAAUUGGUGGUAAUAUACGUCUCCAUUCAGAUGUAAGACCAAUAUGCAAUGGCGCGUGCUAUAACUGAUAACUCUGUUUAUAUGCAAUAUGGCGAGAUAUUUUUCAUAUAAGUUUGUGGGGACAUAUGCCCAAUUUAGGCUCACAUUAAUCGGAAAAUUUGAUAUACAACAAUCUGCACAAUUUUUGAAAUGGUAAUUGCAUAUGACUAAUAUGUAAACGAUGUGCUUUUGAUAAAUAAAAAAAGGCUUAUGCAUAUUUACUUGAUUACGCAUAUACUUCAUGUCUUUGUUACUUGGAAUUAGUCUCUAACUUGUGGCAGUGAUCUGGGUGGAUCUUGUCCCUUGAUUGGCUUUCUAGCCAGCAAGUGAAAAUGUUGCUACAUUUGCGUACACGACUUUCAUGUCGAAUUUGGGGACUUGAAAAAUGUUUAUUAAAUAAUUGGAUUUGAUUCUCUGUGCAAUUACACUAGCAAAAAGGCUAUUAGACAAAGAAAGCUGUUUUGUGCAUGCAAAAUUUUGUAGAAUUUGGGUUACCUGUGAUCUUAAAAUUCCAGAGAUUACCCUUGGAAGAAACCAAGUUCUCUUCGCAUAGGAAUUCCCAGGAAAACCACUUCUCAAUUGUUCGAUCCACAUCAUGUACCAGUACUUCUGUUGUGUUUCCAGCUCUUGCUAUCACACUAGCCGUAUAAAUUGCAGCCAUCCUGCCUGGGGCUUCUGCCUUGCUGAUCUGGGAACACAAGCUCGAGUUUUCCUUGCAUGUUUGAGCAGCUGAUAAGCUUUUUUUGCAGGAUCAUCCUCUAGAAAGACAGUGAUGCCGCCUGAAUUUAUUGAUGAGAGCUUUAGGUAUUGAGCCUCCAGUCCAAAAAAAAGAAGGUUGCAGGGCGAUUUGCGCUUAACGAGAUUAGAGAGAAGCUCAAAUUCCUUUUUUGUGAGGACGGUUGCAGUGGUGGAAGUAUUUUGUUGAGCGAGUGAGCUGUUAGGUACAUUUGAUGAAACAUUGCUGCAUUUUGGAGAUGAGAAACUACAUGCGGGUUGCAUAUUUGGAGGUAGCGUAGGCAACGGAGAAUGAGAAGGAUUUGUAGUGGUAGCAAUUCUAAGAAGUCUAAGAAUGGAGAUGGUUGAUAAAAUGAAAACAAGCAGAGGUGAGCUUGGAGGGGAAAACCUGACCAGAGGAGUUGAAAAUGAACAGUAAUGAGGCAAUUCUGGUGGCAUUUUUCCUCUCUUGUCCCUGGCCUUUUCCUAUAGCAAGAUCACAUCUGUUACAAGGUAUUGGUGAGAUUUCUAUGACAAGAAGUGUGUUAUUAUGAUGCUUUCUCCUUUACUAUUAGUCAGUUUGAGUGUGCAAGAAGGAAUGAGCACAAAUUUGCUUUUGUUUCAAGUGUUAUCUUCUUCCUGCAGGUAGCUGUCAGCUUGUUACCUAAUUGUUACGGUUACCAUUUUUACAAAUCAAUGAUGCUUAUGUGUAUCAUUUCUGAAAAUAUAUGACUGACAGGGGUGCUCUUUCAAUCUUUUUCUGUAGAUGGCGACUCGGGUCUUGAAAUUUGUAGGACGUCGGUUCGUUGACGGAUAGCUGUCAUUCUGCCCUUUUUGGGGUCGUUUGGUUAUUUGAGUGAAGCUGAAGAAGGGUGAUGUUUAAGUUGCAGGGUUGUUUUCAAUCAGUUUUGACUCCAGAUGUCUGGUAGACAUGGGCAAUUAAUUAAGGUAAUUAGUUUAUUGAUUUUAUGUUCUUUAUUUAUUUCCUAUGUGAAAUUUUAUUAUACUCCAGAACGUCAUAAAAAGUAGUAACACGAAAACAAAAGCUCACAACUUUGAGUAUAUCGUCAACAACUAUUGUUGAACAACAUAGUAUUGACUUGAGACAAAAAUUAAGGUUUAACCGAACAUUGACUUAGAGCAGUUAUUGCAAGGAUGUACAUAAACAUCAUACUAAAUUUCUCAGUUAGAAGACUUAUUCUUAAUAGUCAUUUAUUUAGUUUUGUAAAUUGAAUUAUCAAGUCAUCUAUUAGAAAGGACAAAUUUGAAAAACGAUUAUUAAAAUCAUCUUAAAAUUCUAAAAGGUCAAGUAAUUUGUAUACAAAUAUAUUUGGCCAGAUCGACAAUUUAAAAAAACGGUGAGAGUGAAUUCUUUUUCUGCUAUCAGACCUCAAUUGACAGUGAUGCAGAUAUUCUGUUUGAUCAAGCUAUAAUGCUGGACCUCUGGAUCUAGUGGUCAAGGGUGAGGUUCAAGACUUUGUAAAAAAUUGAAAGCUGUUUAAGAAGACUAUUUGAAGAAUUGAAGGCUAUUAUAAUACCAUUUGUAACAUCCUUUGUAAAUAUAACCCUUGUAAUUUGUAAAUAUAAGUUAUAAUUUUUGGAUUUUA